CAUUUCAUCUUUGUGGCAGAGUCUGCUAUUCUUCUGGCCAUGGCAUUUGACCGCUAUGUGGCCAUCUGUUACCCUCUGAGAUACGGCAGCAUCCUCACUUCCUCAGUCAUUGGCAAGAUCGGCACGGCCGCUGUGCUCAGAAGCCUUUUCAUCUGUGGACCAUUCAUCUUCCUGGUACAUCGACUUCCAUAUUGUGGGAGAAAUGUAAUUCCCCAUUCGUACUGUGAGCACAUGGGCGUUGCCAGGUUGGCCUGUGACAGUAUCACUGUCAACAUCAUAUAUGGCCUGACUAUGGCCCUGCUGUCUACAGGGCUGGAUGUAAUACUCAUCAUUAUUUCCUAUACCAUGAUCCUUCACACCGUUUUCCAGAUCCCUUCCUGGGCUGCCAGAUGCAAGGCCCUCAACACAUGUGGCUCCCACAUCUGUGUCAUUCUUAUGUUCUACACACCUGCAUUCUUUUCAUUUUUUGCCCAUCGCUUUGGAGGCAAAGUGGUCCCUCGCCACAUCCACAUCCUAGUGGCCAACCUGUAUGUGGUGGUGCCCCCUCUGCUUAACCCUAUCAUUUACGGGGUGAAAACCAAGCAAAUUCAGGAAAGAGUAGUUUUUCUUUUCUCCUCAGCGAGUACAUGGUGUUAA